UUGGAAGCUGGACGCUUGAGGCUCUGCUCUAUCAAACCGAAAAAUUCGCAAAAAUGAUGGCAAAAAAUGUGUUUUUUCUUAAAAAUUUCACCAUUUACCAUUAGAAAAAAAAUACUGAUGGUUUGUGGAAAGUGUAAAUUGUCGAAAUGCUGGCUGAAUCAAUUAGAUUGGCUGCGGAGCAGGGGGCACAAGGAGAACAGGAAUCAGGGGCGACCACGACGGGGAAACGUUCAAAAGCUGCAGCAGGAGAAGGAGCAAGUUCUUUGUUCCUAUUUUCUGAAGAUAAUUUUAUUCGAAAACAAACUCGGUUUAUCAUCGAGUGGCCUCCUUUUGAAUAUACAGUUAUUUUAACAAUUAUUGCAAACUGUGUAGUACUAGCACUAGAGGAACAUCUACCUAAUCAUGAUAAAACACUACUAGCACAAAACUUAGAAGCAACAGAAAUGUACUUUUUGACAAUAUUUUGUGCCGAAGCUUUGUUGAAAAUUCUAGCUCUUGGUUUUGUUCUACAUAAAGGAUCGUACCUGAGAAACGUUUGGAAUAUUAUGGACUUUUUUGUUGUAUUUACGGGUGUUUUAACAGUGUUAAUGAAAGAUGUAAAUUUACGAACAUUACGCGCGAUUCGAGUUUUAAGACCUCUCAAAUUGGUCUCUGGUAUUCCCAGCUUGCAAGUUGUCUUGAAAUCUAUCAUCAAGGCUAUGGCACCUUUGCUCCAAAUUGGUUUGUUGGUUUUAUUUGCAAUCGUUAUCUUUGCAAUCAUUGGGUUGGAAUUUUAUUCUGGCGUUCUUCAUAAGACUUGUUACAGCUUAUAUGACAUAGAUCAGAUUGUGACAGAGGGCGAAGACGAAGUACCUUGUAGCACAGACAAUGAAACAGAAGCUAGACUUCACGGUAGUAACUGGUGUAGAGAUGGAAAUUCGGUUUGUUUGGAACGUUGGGAAGGCCCCAAUCAUGGCAUCACAUCAUUUGAUAAUAUUGGUUAUGCUAUGCUCACAGUAUUUCAAUGCAUUACUAUGGAGGGCUGGACACCAAUUCUUUAUUGGAUGAAUGAUGCUAUAGGAAGCUCGUUUAACUGGAUGUAUUUUGUCCCGCUUAUAGUUUUAGGGUCGUUUUUUAUGUUAAAUCUCGUUCUUGGUGUUCUCAGUGGAGAAUUUGCAAAAGAAAGAGAAAAAGUGGAAAAUAGGCAGGAAUUUUUAAAGAUGAGACGACAAGCACAAUUAGAAAGAGAGUUGAACGGUUACGUAGAAUGGAUUUGUAAAGCUGAGGAAGUUAUUUUAGCAGAAGAACGGACGACUGAUGAGGAAAAGAUGCAUAUUAUGAAAACAAGAAGAGCAAGAAGAAGGAAAUUAAAAAAAAUAGGAACUAGUAAAAGUACUGACACAGAAGACGAACCAGAAUCGGAAAUGGGAGAUGAUGUAUUUCUUACAGACUCUAAGAAGAGCUUUAAAGCAUUUGGACGCUCCACGCGAUCGCAAGGAAACGGCAAAUGUGCCAAAUUUUGGAGAUCAGAAAAACGCUUUCGUUAUAAAAUCAGACACGUGGUCAAAACUCAAUGGUUUUAUUGGUCUGUUAUUAUAUUAGUUUUCUUCAAUACAUUUUGUGUUGCGGUGGAAUUCUACGGACAACCUCAAUGGCUAACUGAAUUUUUAUAUUAUGCCGAAUUUGUAUUUUUGGGACUGUUUUUGUCGGAAAUGUUUCUCAAAAUGUAUGCAUUAGGACCUCGAAUCUAUUUUGAAUCAGCUUUUAAUCGCUUCGAUUGUGUGGUAAUAAGUGGAUCAAUUUUUGAAGUGGUGUGGUCUGAAUACAAAGACGGUUCUUUCGGAUUGUCCGUUUUGAGAGCCUUGAGACUACUUCGGAUAUUCAAAGUGACUAAAUACUGGUCCUCGUUGAGAAAUUUGGUCAUUUCUUUGUUAAAUUCAAUGCGAUCUAUUAUUUCCUUGCUGUUUUUGCUUUUCUUGUUUAUUCUAAUUUUCGCACUGCUUGGAAUGCAACUUUUUGGGGGCGAAUUUAAUUUCGACGACGAGACACCACCAACAAACUUUAAUACGUUUCCCAUAGCACUUCUUACCGUAUUUCAAAUUUUGACAGGUGAAGACUGGAAUGAAGUAAUGUACCUUGGAAUUGAAGCAUUGGGAGGACCAACUAAUGGCGGAAUGAUUUAUUCGUUGUAUUUCAUCGUACUUAUGCUCUUUGGCAACUACACUCUUCUCAACGUUUUCCUAGCUAUUGCUGUUGAUAAUUUAGCCAACGCUCAAGAACUGACAGCUGCUGAAGAAGAACAAGCUGAAGAGAAUCGAGAAAAGCAAGCACAAGAGUUGGAAAAAGAAAUGGAAGCGUUACAAAUGGAUGGCCAUACAAAAAUGGAAGUGUUUUCGCUUAGCCCAACUAAGGAAUCGAAGAAAAAAGAAGAAAAAGUAGAAGAGGAGGAAAUUGAGGGCCCAAAGCCAAUGUUGCCUUACUCCAGCAUGUUUAUUUUAUCUCCAACAAACCCUGUUCGAAAAUUUGCUCACGGAAUUGUGAAUCUGCGGUACUUUGAUUUUUUCAUCAUGGUUGUCAUUUGUCUAAGUUCGAUGGCACUAGCAUCGGAAGAUCCUGUCAAUGAACACUCAAAAUGGAAUUCGGCUUUGGACAAACUAGAUUACGUUUUCACCGUCGUUUUUGCACUAGAAAUGUUUCUUAAAAUAAUUGAUUUGGGAAUUAUUUUACACCCAGGCUCUUACUUGAGGGAAAUCUGGAAUUUUAUGGAUGCCACUGUUGUGAUUUGUGCUUUAGUUUCUAUGGGUUUCAACUUUGCGCAAAAGAAAGCAGCGGCCAAUUUGUCGACGAUAAAGUCGUUGAGAGUGCUUCGAGUGCUAAGACCGUUAAAAACAAUUAAACGUGUCCCCAAGCUGAAAGCUGUGUUUGAUUGUUUAGUAAAUUCUCUGAAAAAUGUGAUAAAUAUCCUUAUAGUGUAUAUGUUAUUUCAUUUUAUUUUUGCUGUGAUUGCUGUGCAGUUGUGGAAUGGCAAGUUCAGAUAUUGUAACGACGCUAGCAAAAUUACGAAAGCGACAUGCCAAGGUCAGUAUUUCGUCUAUGAUGAGGACAGCGAUGUCCCCCGAGCUGAACAGCGCGAAUGGACAAUACAAAGUUUUCACUAUGACGAUGUUAUGAUGGCAAUGUUGACGCUCUUUGCUGUCCAAACGGGAGAAGGAUGGCCUCAGGUAUUACAACAUUCAAUGGCUGCGACAUACGUCGAUCAAGGACCAAUCGAAAACUUUCGUUUAGAAAUGUCCAUUUUCUACAUUGUCUACUUCGUAGUAUUUCCAUUCUUCUUUGUAAAUAUAUUCGUAGCGUUGAUUAUUAUAACGUUUCAAGAACAAGGAGAAGCGGAAUUACAAAGUGGCGAAAUCGAUAAAAAUCAAAAAUCGUGUAUAGAUUUUACGAUACAAGCACGUCCUUUGGAACAGUUUGUUCCAGAAAAAGAUUUCGGGUUUAGGUAUAAAUUAUGGAAAGUUGUUGCCUCUGCACCUUUCGAUUAUUUCAUUAUGAUGCUGAUUGUGUUCAAUACUUUAUUGUUAAUGAUAAAGUACGACAAGCAAAGUGAAACAUUUACCCUGACGCUAAAGUACCUCAACUGGCUUUUUACCGGACUCUUUACAGUCGAGUGCAUCCUCAAGAUCCUCGCUUAUGGGGCUGGGUAUCAUCAAGCACCGCCAAUGUUGUCGGAAAUUUUGACAACAAUGAACAAGUUUUUUAUAUCGCUAUUCCUUUGUGAAACUGUCCUAAAACUCAUCGCUUUUGGUAUUAAGAAUUUUUUCAAAGAUCCUUGGAACAUCUUUGACUUCAUCACAGUGAUCGGGAGCAUUAUUGACGCCGGAGUCGUCGAACUUGGAGAAAGAGCAGCAAAGAUAGCAAAGCAAAACUCUGGAAAACUUGCAGAAAAAUUAAGCACUGGGGACGCCAUCGUAAAGUGGAUUCAGGACAAUUUCUUCAACGUUGGGUGCUUGAGACUAUUUCGUGCCGCGCGAUUGAUCAAACUUCUCCGUCAAGGAGACACAAUUCGAAUACUUCUCUGGACCUUUGUUCAAAGCUUCAAAGCCCUUCCUUACGUCUGUCUCCUCAUCGCUAUGUUAUUCUUUAUUUAUGCCAUCAUUGGCAUGCAAGUGUUUGGAAACAUCAAAGAGGAUCCUGACACAUCAAUUACUCGUCACAAUAACUUCAGAUCCUUUACUCAAGGUCUCAUGCUGCUGUUUCGAUGUGCCACUGGUGAAUCUUGGCCAAAUAUUAUGCUGUCUUGUGUCAAAGAACGACCUUGCGAUCCGGCAGCUAAAAAACCCCCCAAUAGCUGUGGUUCAAACAUUGCAUACGCCUACUUUGUCUCUUUCAUAUUCUUCUGUUCAUUUUUGAUGUUGAAUCUGUUUGUUGCUGUUAUCAUGGACAAUUUUGAUUAUUUGACUCGUGAUUCUUCAAUUUUGGGAGCUCACCAUUUAGAUGAGUUUAUCCGAAUUUGGGCCGAGUAUGACCCAAAAGCAACAGCAAAAAUUCAUUACACUGAAAUGUACGAAAUGCUGAAAAACAUGGCACCUCCGUUGGGCUUUGGCAACAAAUGCCCCAAUAGACUAGCAUACAAAAAGCUAAUUAGGAUGAAUAUGCCCGUAGACGAUGAAGGCAAAGUUAAUUUUACCACUACUCUGUUUGCCCUAAUACGGGAAAAUUUGAGCAUAAAAAUGAGGCCACCUGAUGAAAUGGAUCAAGCCGAUGAAGAACUAAGGGAGACCAUUAAAAUUAUAUGGCCACUUCAAGCCAAAGACAUUGUUGAUUUGUUAGUUCCACCAAAUGAUUUUUUGAACAGUGGAAAAUUAACCGUGGGCAAAAUAUACGCAGGACUAUUGAUUUUGGAAAAUUGGAGAAGUACAAGAUUUGGCCAAACUGAAUCAUCAACUGGGUUUUUGGGUUUUGGAAAUCGCUCCUCGACAAAUCAAACGGUGAUAAACAUAGAAAAUAGUUCCGAAUCACGUCGACAAUCCAGCGAAGGCACGAGAAGCCAAUUUCUGGAUUUGCCUAAUCCAGAUCACCAUGUUCGAUCACCUAGUGUGCGAAGUACAUCUUCUCGAAGAAAAUCUCGUCAAGAUUUUGGAAUUGCAGACACUGUCUCAAAUUUUAUGGAAUUCGUCAAACACGAACAACGAACCAACUCAAACAAAAGACGUAGAAGAGACCAUUGGUCGGCCUCGACAACCCCAGCACAUUCUCCUUUUUCACGCAAUACUCGUCACAACGAUUCUUUACGGUCCGUACGCAGAGGGCAUGGAACUACAAGUCUGGGUCAACGUUCGCGAUCUCCAAGUCCUAAACGACAAGAAUCGUCUUUUUCAAACAACCCAACACCCACAAAUCGUCACCGCCAAGGUCGAAGACUACCACCGACCCCUUCCAAACCCUCCACGCUUCAGCUGCGUCAAGGAGCUAUCAAUUUUCCUAGAUUGACCCCUUCACCGACUCAUUUUACCCUUCAGAUGCCGGCACAUGCCAAGAAUUACCAAAAAGAAAGACAAUUUAUACCAACCACGGGAGUGGCUCCUUUGAGUAGCGGAAGCAGAGUACCACUCAGUUUUGAACAAGGCAUUACUUUAGGGCGUGGAGGUCGUAUCUUGCCAAGUCCAGUGCCUAAUGGUUACAAACCAAAAACCACUAGGUUGCUCCAUUCCGAUUCGGAUGAUGACGAUUGGUGCUAACACAUGUUGAACACCAAAAGCAACUCAUACGUCUUUAAAUAUUCUAAUAAUAACAAAAAUUUUAUACAAAAGCUACAAAAUUUCGGAUCAAAAACCAUAGAACGUGAGUUUUGUAGUUACUUAAUAAUAAUAAUGAAUACCAAUGCGUUAUGACAAAUUUUCCAUUUAUUAGAAGAAUUGUUACAAGACAUAUUUACGAUAAAAGAGUUUAAAAUUUUUGCAAAAAAUGGCUGCAUGGAUAUUUUAGGAUGACACUCAUUUUGCGUUGCAUAUGAUUAAAUACAACUUGUGUUGUGUGUCUUAUUAGAGUAGAAGUCUACUUUACCACAGUUAUAGAUUGAUGAAUUUUUUGUUGGUUUAAUGUAUUCUCUUGAAAACUAAAAUUUUGUAUUACAUUCUUAAAACAGUUUAUAAUAAAGAUAA